GUGCUUUAUACGCCGGUUUUCCAUUAUCACGGAUCGACAAUAUCAACAUCAAUAAAACAAAUCUCCAGUGAUGAGAUAUUAGCUUUCAUUACUGAUCAAAGUGAUUUCAAUGCUACCAGAUCUAUAAUUUCAAUGUUGAUGACGCUCCAAUUAGACAAGAAAAAUGUCUUUAAAAUUAUUGGUGCGUUCUUUAAUUCUAGAAAGACAUGAUAAAUUUUGGAUGUUUUAUCGUCGUUUAUAUUCUAAUGAUAGUAGCAUUAUAAAUGAUCCAGUACCUGGGAUAUCAUUAUUUCACAUAAAACAAGUACUGAAGCAAAAGAAUAUUAAUACCAUUGAUGGACAUGCAUGUCUAGUCACUGAGUGUCCUAUAUGUGAUUCUGAAAAAUCUAAGAAGGCAAAUAUUUAUAUUAAUAAAACAACAGGAUAUUUUUUAUGUGAUAAAUGCAGUUCUAAAGGAGAAUGGAAUAUAUUGGAGAAAUUUUUAUUAACAAAAUCAACCAAAGGAAAUAAUAUGCAAAAAGAAUUGGAAACUUUGAGAAAUGCUAUAAAAGUUCAAGAAGAUUAUGCUACAAAAUGGAAUAACAUAAUGAAAUCUAAUCAGAAAAUUGCAGAUUUGUCGUCAGAGUUAUAUGAAGAAGUUCUGAAUAUAUUCUCUCUUCCAAGAAUUUCACAAGAGGACAUUUUACCAUUAAAUGGUAUAUAUGCAGCUGUUCCAGCAUUAUUAUAUUUUCCAUUAAUUGCUUUCGGUACUGUUGUGGGUUAUAAAACUCUUUCUUGUAAACCGGAAUUAGAACAAACCGUACCUAUUUCCAAUGUUAGUGGAUUUAUUUUUUAUAAGCAAAAAGGUAGUAAAAGUGAUGCGACUGCAGUGGUUGUGCCAACAAUACUCGAUUUAUUAGCGUUAGCAUCUCGAAAGGCAGCAAACGUGAUCAUUUGCUUGCCGUACAAUUUACAACACUUGCCACAGCAGUUGUUGCCAAAUUUUGAAAAUUUUAAAAAAUUAAUUCUCUGGUUUGGAAAUGACGAACCUAGCUGGUAUACAGCCAGACAAUUCGCUAAGAAAUUAAAUGAGAAGAGAUGUUACUUUGUGAGACCAAUUGACACGCAACCUAGACCAAAAUUAGCUGCUGACAGAAACUAUGACCUUAAACAUAUUUUAGCAAAUGCACAACCAGUCUGGCAUAAAAGUAUUACUAUUUUUGAUGACCUCAGACAAGAUGUAUUAUGUGAUUUGCAAAAUAUAGAUAGAGUCCAAGGUGUAAAAUGGAAAAGAUAUCCUGCCUUAAAUCGAAUUUUAAAAGGACACAGAAGAGGAGAGUUUACAAUACUAACUGGCCCAACUGGCAGUGGCAAAACUACAUUUAUGAGCGAAUAUUCGCUAGAUUUAGCAAUGCAAGGCGUCAAUACAUUGUGGGGUAGUUUUGAAAUCAGAAAUGCUCGGUUAGCUAGAACUAUGUUGCAGCAAAUGGCGGAAAUAUCGUUGGAAGACAACUUGGAUAAAUUCAAUACAUAUGCAGAUGCUUUUAGCAAAUUACCAAUUUACUUUAUGACUUUUCACGGUCAGCAGAAUAUCAAAGUUGUUAUGGAUGCAGUUAUGCAUGCAACGUAUGUACAUGACAUAGCUCAUGUGAUAAUUGACAAUAUGCAAUUUAUGAUGGGCAUGUCAGAAGAAGUGACCGAUAGAUUUUGGAAACAAGACAAGAUCAUAGCACAGUUCAGAAAUUUUGCUACAAAAUAUAAUUGUCAUGUUACUUUGGUUAUACAUCCAAGAAAAGAACGAGAUGAAGAAUUGACAGCUUUGUCUAUUUUUGGCAGUGCCAAAGCAAGUCAAGAAGCCGAUAAUAUAUUGAUUAUACAAGAUAAGAGACUUAUUAGUAUAAAAGGAAAGAAAUAUUUACAGGUUGCAAAGAAUAGAUACAGCGGAGAUUUAGGUAUAAUGCUUCUAGAAUUUGACAAAGCCAAACUUAGUUAUGCAUACAAGAAAAAGGUAAAAUCAGAAGAAGUAAAUAAAACAAAAGAAGUAAAAGUAAAAGAAGAUAUUUCU